CCCUCCUCAAACCCCUCCCCAGCCGCACUUCCGCUCGCUCUCCCCACAGGGACCCCUGCCAACCACACCACCCGAGACCCCGUGGGACAUGAGAACAGCAGGGUGGCCUAAGAGGCUGCAGGCAGCCACCUGCCCCUCCGUCUCCACCAUCUACUUCCUGUUCGCCAUCUUCGUGGUGUCCACUGUCUUUCACUGCCACCAGCGCCUGGCUCUGGUGCCCGACCCCUGGGCCCACUCCGCCCCGGUUGUCGUGGUCCCCAGACACCUUCCCAGGGAGGGCAUGUGGACCAUCAACGCCAUCGGCCGUCUGGGGAACCAGAUGGGCGAAUACGCCACGCUCUACGCCCUGGCCAAGAUGAACGGGAGGCCCGCCUACAUCCCCGCACACAUGCACAACACGCUGGCCCCCAUCUUCCGCAUCAGCCUCCCGGUCCUGCACCGCAGCACGGCCAGCCGCGUGCCCUGGCGGAACUACCACCUCAACGAUUGGAUGGAGGAGCGCUACCGCCACAUCCCGGGGCCCUAUGUGCGCCUCACUGGCUACCCCUGCUCCUGGACCUUCUACCACCACUUGCGCCACGAGAUCCUGCAGGAGUUCACGCUGCACGACCACGUGCGCGAGGAGGCCCAGGCCUUCCUGCGGGGGCUGCGGCGGCAGGGGAGCCGGCCCGGCACCUUCGUGGGUGUGCACGUGCGCCGCGGGGACUAUGUGCGCGUCAUGCCGCAGGUGUGGCGGGGCGUGGUGGCCGACCGCGCAUACCUGGAGCAGGCGCUGGGCUGGUUCCGGGCACGCUACCCCGAUGCCAUCUUCGUGGUCACCAGCAAUGGCAUGGCCUGGUGCCGGGAGAACAUCGACACCUCCCGCGGGGACGUGGUGUUUGCUGGGGACGGCGUCGAGGGUUCGCCAACCAAGGACUUUGCGCUGCUCACGCAAUGCAACCACACGGUCAUGACCAUUGGCACCUUCGGGAUCUGGGCUGCCUAUCUGGCAGGUGGGGACACGGUCUAUCUGGCCAACUACACGCUGCCUGACUCGCCCUUCCACCUGAUCUUCAAGCCAGAGGCGGCCUUCCUACCGGAGUGGGUGGGGAUCAAUGCACACCUCGGGCCGGCCUGGCAGAGCGGCCUCUAGGCCUCUGUGAAAUCCUGUCCACCUCACCCA